AGGGCUCAAAAGAAAACCUCUCUUCUUUCUCUUCCUGUUUGCUCUGCAACUCGCUCCUCCAAUACUACGUCGUUUCGAAAACCCUGUACAGUAAAUAAUGGGGAAGCAGAAGGGAGACGGAGCUAGGAGCAAGGCCCGGCCUUCCAGUAGCAGUUUGGCGGCGUCGCUGUUGCCUUCGGGUUCUACUGCGGCCGUGGGCUUCGGUGGCUACGUCGGAGGCUCUCGCCUCGACGCUCCUCCUUCCGGCGGCGACGAUUCACGGCCCUAUUUGGAAGUAGAUAGUGAUUUGGCUCUACAUUUGAAGAGGCUUGCAAGGAAAGAUCCCACCACCAAGCUUAAAGCUUUGGCGUCUCUAUCCACGCUGCUGAAGGAAAAGUCCACAAAGGACAUAAUACCAGCCAUUCCACAAUGGGGAUUUGAAUACAAAAGGCUUGUGGUGGACUACAAUAGGGAUGUGCGGCGAGCAACUCAUGACACAAUGAACAAUCUUGUCACCGCCGUUGGGAGAGAUUUAGCUCCACAGCUCAAAUCUCUGAUGGGACCAUGGUGGUUUUCUCAAUUUGACCCAGUAUCUGAAGUUUCACAAGCUGCAAAGCGAUCAUUUCAGGUUAACUUGCAAGUACAUCCUAAUUUAGUGUUAUUUAUAGCAGUGUUUUCAGCUCCAGAAAAGAGACUAGAUGCUUUAAUUUUAUGCACGGCAGAGAUUUUUGUUUAUUUGGAAGAAAAUCUGAGGCUCACGCCAGAAAGUAUGUCCGAUAAAGGAACUGCUCUGGAUGAAUUACAAGAGAUGCAUCAGCAGGUGAUAUCAUCAUCAUUGCUGGCAUUGGCCACACUUCUUGAUGUCUUGGUUUGCUUACAAGUAGAAAGACCAGGCACCGUAAACAUAGCUGCUCAACCAAAACAUGCUUUGAAGGCUAGGGAAACUGCUAUUUCUUGUGCCGAAAAGAUGUUCACUGCUCAUAGAUUUUUUUUAGACUUCCUGAAAUCCCCAAGUCCAGCUAUCCGAUCAGCCACAUAUUAUGUAUUGAGUAGUUUCAUAAAAAAUGUCCCUCAAGCCUUUAAUGAAGGAAAUAUGAAAACUCUUGCUGCUGCACUAUUAGGUGGAUUUCAGGAGAAGGAUCCUGCUUGUCAUUCAUCAAUGUGGGAUGCAAUUUUACUGUUUUCGAGUAAAUUUCCUGAAAGUUGGACUUCGGUCAAUGUACAGAAAGCUGUACUGAAUCGGUUUUGGGAUUUCCUUAGAAAUAGGUGCUUUGGAUCUCAACAGGUUUCUUAUCCAUCUUUGAUUCUAUUCUUACAAACCGUGCCAUCUAAAGCGGUAGUUGCAGAAACUUUCUUUCUUGAAUUUUUCAAGAACCUCUGGGCGGGAAGAAAUCCAUCACAUUCCUUGGAUGCAGAUAGAGUAGCAUAUUUUCAAGCGUUUCAAGAAUGCUUUCUUUGGGCAUUGCAUAAUGCGUCAAGAUAUUGCAAUGGAGUGGAUUCCAUCAGUGCUUUUCGAGCAACUCUUGUUAAAAGUGUUCUGGUAAAGCUAUUGUGGCAAGACUACAUUUCCUCUAGUAGCUCAAGAAAGAAGGAGAAAACAUCGCUGGGAUUAUCAGCAGAUUCUUGUGAAAGUGAUUUAACUUCGAACAAGAAGACUGUUGAAACUUUGAAUAUCACGUACCCAAUGAGCUACUUUAAUGAGUUGGCAAACUGCAUUGUUGCGGUUCUUUCAGGCAUUCAUUUGCUGGAGCAUGAUUUGCUCUCAGUUUUCGCUGCAGAAUUUCAGGAAAACUGUCGUGGUUUCUUUCAGCAUGCUAGUAACUUGGAAAAAGAAAGUGAGUUUGCAGAACGAGUUACACAGUUUAUAUCAUUACUUGGGGAAUGUUCAAUGCAGAAUGGUGGAGGUUGGCCUUUGGCUUCUCUAGUUGGACCAAUGUUGGCUAAUUCCUUUGCAGUGAUGAGAUCACAUGAUUCACCAAGUUGUGUGAAGAUUCUAGCACAGUCUGUUUCUGUAUUUGGGCCACAUAAGAUAAUCCACGAACUUCGUAUUCACAAUAUGUCUCCACAUGAGGGUGAUACAGCAUUAGAGGAAGAAACAUUCCUGCAAAUGUUCAAGGGAACAUUUGUUCCAUGGUGUCUCAGUGGGAAUAGUUGCUCUUUGAGUGCUCGUCUUGACCUGUUACUUGCAUUGCUUGAUGAUGAAUAUUUCUUUGAGCAGUGGGAUAGUGUUAUCAGAUAUGCUACUAACCUGGAGUAUUCUGGAUCUGCACCCUGCUCUUUGGAUUCUGACCGGAUAACUAUCUUAGCAAUGCUUUUAGAGAAAGCAAGAAAUGAAAUCACAAAAGCGAAAGUAGGAAUUUCUAUCUGCACGAACAUGGGCAACAUAGAUCAUUGGCAUCACGAGCUUCUAGAGUCAACUGUGGUUGCUGUUGCUCGAUCCUCACCUCCUUUCGGAGCUUCUAGUUCUCAAUUUUUGUGUACUGUUGUUGGUGGUCCAACAAAGAGCAAUCAAAUUUCUCUGGUGUCAAGAAAUACGUUGGUCCUGAUAUUUGAAGAGGUUUUCAAGAAGUUACUUUCAUUUAUUCUGGCAUCCUCGUUUACUUGGGUCAGGGAUGCAGGUUCUCUAUUGACGCCCAAUCUAUUGACUGCUGGGGCAAACACCAUUGGGUCUGAAUUUGAAAGUUCAGUGAGCAUGUUUGAGAUGGCUCAAUUUGCUCUUGAAGUACUUGAUGGCGGCUUAUAUUCAUUGAAGACACUUGGUGAAGAAAGUGGGCUGACUCCAGCUAUUUUAGCUGCAAUUUUUCUUAUUGAUUGGGAGUUUCUGGAACUGACAAUGAUAGAUGAUGGACCUGAUGAUAAAUCAAAGGAAAUAUUGAAGGCCAGGCUGGGAUUUGGUGAAUCUUUCCAUGCAUUUAGAUGUAAGUUAGGUAAUCAAUUCUGGAAAACACUCAGUUUACACAAUCGAAAGGCACUUGGACAAAAAUUGAUUCAGUGCAUGAGAUCCGCCAUCUUCAAUGAAGAGGAAAUGGACACAGAGAAGUUCACGUCACUGUGCUGCUUGUGGAUGCUUGAAAUUCUGGACUGUCUCUCUGAGGAUCCCUUUGAGGAACAGGAUCUGCUGGACCGACUUCUCUGCCAAGGUGAGAGAUGGCCUUUGUGGAUAGUUCCGGAAUUUAGCAGGCAAGAGGGAACAGUUGCCAAAGACUUCUCUAUCCAAGACUUUGGCCAUCGGAAGUUUAUUUCAUUUAUUGACAAGAUGAUAUCAGAAAUUGGGAUUGAUAGAGUUGUUGCCAGUUGUGGUAGAAAUGCUCUCCCUCUGUCUGAGGAAGCAACAAAUGAAAACCUGACUCGAUCUUGGCUUGCUGCUGAAAUAUUAUGCUCCUGGAAGUGGCCAGGAGGAAGUGUAGUAGCUUCAUUCUUACCUUCAUUAAGCGCGUAUGCCAAGAGUAAAAAUUUCUCUUCCCAGGAGAGCUUGCUAGAUUCUAUUUUCAACAUUUUACUUGAUGGUACACUUGUUCAGGGAGGAUGUGCUGCACAGAAUUUCGUCUAUUUAUGUGCUGCUUCAAGUGAUGAGGUGGAGGAUAUUGAAGAACCAUUCUUAAGAGCUCUUGUAGCUUUUCUUUUAACUUUGUUUAAUGAUAAUAUAUGGGGUUACAAGAAAGCUAUGGAGCUGUUUGCACUGCUUGUAAAUAAACUUUAUGUUGGAGAAGCAACAAAUGCAAACUGUUUGAGGAUUCUUCCUGUGAUCGUCAAUGCUCUUAUACUACCAUUAAGUCAAAGAAGCAUCAGAUCUAAUGACUCUAGUGGAGAUGCUCAACAUGAUUCUUCUGGGGAAAAUCAUAUACACGAUGUUAUUGAAGGCUGGCUUAGAAAAGCUCUAUCAUUUCCACCUUUGAUUACGUGGCAAACAGGAGAAGAUAUGGAAGAUUGGAUGCAGCUGGUUAUUUCUUGUUAUCCCUUUAGUGUAGUGGAAGGCAUACAAACACCAAAGCUGGAGAGAAGGAUUAGCUUGGUAGAGAGAAAGCUCCUACUUGAAUUGUUUCGGAAGCAGAGACAUGGUGUUGGAACAUCAGCUGUAAUUAAUCAGCUUCCAGUUGUUCAGAUGUUGCUAUCAAAGCUUAUGGUCGUUUCAGUUGGUUAUUGUUGGAAAGAAUUUGAUGAAGAAGACUGGGAGUUUGUCUUAUCUCAGAUAAGACGCUGGCUGCAGACUGUCGUUGUAAUGAUGGAGGAAAUUGCUGAAAAUGUCAACGACACUAUCACUAGCAGCUUUACUUCUGAUAACUUGGAUGCUCUCAUUGAUAACCUUGGCAAAAUUGUUUUCGUUUCAGAUCCCUUUCCUAUGGACAUUGCCAAAAAUGCCCUUCUAUCAUUUUCUCUGUCAUGUGGAUCUUUUGGUCGCCAACAGGCAGAAGAUGCAGAUAACUUGAAUCCUGUGAGAACAGAAAGAUGGGACCCCAUCAAAAAUAGAAUUUUAGAAGGCAUCCUUAGACUGUUUUUCUGCACGGGUAUUGCUGAGGCCAUUGCAAGCUCCUGUUGUCAUGAGGCUGCAUUUAUUGUAUCCGCAUCCCGAUUUGAACAUUCCUAUUUCUGGGAGUUGGUGGCCUCAAGUGUUGUCAACUCGUCAACAGAUGCCAUAGAUAGGGCAGUGAAGUCAGUAGAAUUCUGGGGGCUAAGCAAAGGACCCAUAAGCUCUUUGUAUGCUAUCCUCUUUUCUGCCAAAUCAGUUCCUUUGUUGCAGUUUUCUGCUUACUUUAUUCUUUCAACUGAACUUGUUUUACCCCUGGCUAUUGUUGAAGAAGACAAAAGUUACUUGGAUGGUGUCAGUAACAAUGAAGAGGUGUUAUCCCCUCCUGACAUGUCAACAGAAACGGAUAUUCAUUUGAGAGCUGAAAUAUCUUGCAUGAUUGAAAAGUUGCCUAGUAAUGUUCUCGAGAUGGAUUUGCUGGCAGAUCAAAGGGUACAUGUUUUCCUUGCUUGGUCCUUGUUGUUAUCACAUUUAGGGUCAUUACCAUCGUCAUCUCCUACGAGGGAGAGACUGGUCCAGUAUGUACAAGAUUCUGCUAGUUCAGUAAUAUUAGAUUGCCUCUUCCAGCAUAUUCCUCUAGAACAGUGGAUUCUUAAGAAGAAAGAUGAAGAACUUCCUGCUGGUAUAGCAGAAGCUGCAGCUUCAGCAACACGUUCCAUUAGAACUGGUUCAUUAUUGUUUGCUGUACAAUCUCUCUGGCCUGUUAAACCACUAAAAAUGGCUUCACUUGCUGGAGCAAUGUUUGGUCGGAUGCUCCACAUUCUUCCCGCCUAUGUAAGACAGUGGUCCAAUGAUUUACGUGACCGCUCAACAUUAUCAGGAAUUGAAUCAUUCACAAGAGCAUGGUGCAGCCCACAUCUAAUCGCUGGCGAAUUAAGCCAGAUUAAAAAGGAUGAAAUUGCUGACGAGAAUUUCACCAUUGCUGUAAGCAAAUCAGCAAAUGAGGUUGUUGCUACUUAUACAAAGGAUGAAACUGCAAUGAAUCUUGUAAUUCGUCUUCCUUCAUCUUACCCAUUACGGCCAGUUGAUGUUGACUGUACAAGGAGUCUAGGUAUUAGUGAAGCAAAACAGAGGAAAUGGUCAAUGUCUAUGACAUCAUUCGUGCGGAAUCAGAAUGGAGCUUUAGCAGAAGCUAUUCGGAUAUGGAAGCGCAACUUUGACAAGGAGUUUGAAGGUGUUGAGGAGUGUCCUAUAUGUUACAGUGUCAUCCAUACUGUCAACCACGCCCUUCCUCGUCUUGCAUGCAAAACCUGCAAGCACAAGUUCCACUCGGCCUGCCUCUACAAGUGGUUCUCAACUUCUCAUAAAUCAACUUGCCCAUUGUGCCAGUCUCCAUUUUAACCAGGUUAAUCAAAUCUGUAGUAGCAUAUCCACUGAGUAAAAGGAUCUUGAUACAGUCAAAUAGUAAGAGAUACAACCAGAAUUCAGACCUCAAUUGCCACAGAAAUGCUGACUUCACUGCAAGAGAUGGAGCAUAGUACGUUGCGAGAGCCAGAUUGUACUGUUGCAAAAAUUGAUGAUGUUUAGCUUUUGAUCGUCAUCAGUGACCGCUUUGAAAAGUGCUUCGGAGAAGGAAUCGGAGUUUCAAUAUUUUGAGUUCUCACCGACUAGUAACUAGUGCAUCAAAAUUUUGAAAGCAAUGAGAGGUGUCUGAACUUUUAAGAUACAGCUAGUUUGGAAUUUUAUAGUUUUAAUGAUUUUCACUACCAUGCAAACAAUAGCUUAUAGCUUUUAGAUGUCAGCAUCUUAUUAUGGGUAUUGCUCUCGUAUGUAUCAAAUUGUCUUCUUUCUUUUUCCCAGGUAUCAUUAGUUUCUACUGAUCUUGUUGCUAAAUCAAGACAUCCGUCCUUCAAUUUUUAUGUGAGGAUUUUGCUGAUAAAUUUAUUGAUGAUAAAGAUAAGAAAAAGGGGCGGGCCUCUAUUCUUCUGUAACAUAUAGUUGUCUCCGACCG